AUGCAAGUCGCAUCCCUCGGCCUCCCACCGGCCCAACUCCCCCCGCCCCCCGCGUACCGCAAACCAGUGCUGGUCACGACGUACUCGCACCUCCCGGACCGACACCUCGAACCCGGCGACGCGAGCAUGGCCUACUUCCGUCCCGGGGGCGCCCUCCCCGGCUCUGACCUGGCCUACGGAUUCGACGAGCGGAUCGAGCGGGACGAGCGUCUGGAAGAGCACCUCGAUGGCAUGUGCUGGGCCCUCGGACGCGGCGGGGAACGUAAAGGCGGCGUCGUGAGCUGGCGCGGGAUGAUGACUCGAAUCAUGACUGCCCCAUUUGAAGACCGGGAAGGAUGGGAGAUGCGAGCUCUAGCCCUCGACGGGAGCGUGUACCUCGAAAUAUGGGAGGACCGGGACAGUGCCGACUAUAGCUACAAGAUGAAGGAAAACGCGCAGUGGGCGCUACAGAGUUACAUGGGAUAUGCGUAUGAGGCGUACGCGACGAUCCCCGAGGCCGAGGACGGACCGGAGGGAUGGUCGGGGACCGUCAAUACGAAUGUCCAGUGGUGCAACGUCGUGCGCUCUGCAAUCGGUGACGUGCCACUCUUCCUGGGCGGAGAGGUAGACUGUGUGCGCGGGCCUGUUGGUUCCCCAAACCCCGGCCUCGACGCGACGGUCGAGCUCAAGACAAACAAGGUCAUCAACUCGGAACGGGCAGACAAGAUCUUCCUCAAGAAGCUUCUCAAGCACUGGGCGCAGAGCUUUCUGCUGGGAGUCCCGACUGUCGACGUCGGCUUCCGUACCGACGCCGGUAUCCUUGAGAGCCGGCACGAGUUCGAAACUGCGACGUUACCCGCCCUAGCCGCACGCGGCGGUGCGAACUGGACCCCAGCACCCUGCCUGCACUUCCUGUCCGCUGUGCUGUCGAUGCUGGUCCGCGAAGUGCUCCCCACCGACCCUGUGGUGACCGGCGCGGCAGACGGGCUAGAGGAGGGCGAUCUCCCACCCGCCCACCUCUUCAGUCUGCGGUUUACGCCGCGGCGUGGGGUCGAGCUCGUCUCGCUCGGCGAGACAGUGCCCGAGCCGGGACAACGGUGGGGCGGGAUCCUGCCUGCAGACUAUGUUGCGUGGCGAUUAGGGCUCGGAGGGCCUGAGUGA